AUUUUCCACGGGUGAUCGCUCACGUUGCCGCCAUGCCGAAAGAGACUUCGACUCGCUUUUCCCCAGAUGCCGGAGCAUGUGAGAUCACCUUGAAUCGACCUGCAAAACUCAACGCCUUGAAUCUGGACAUGAUCCGCUGCCUACAUAGGGCCUUGGACCAAGUGGACGAGAAAGCUGGGAAGGUUGGUUGUUUGAUCAUGGCCGGAUCUGGCGGCAAAUCCUUUUGUGCCGGUGGUGAUGUGCAGAUGAUUCGAGAGGAGGGACUCCGUGGAGGUUCACUUCCAGCAGAUUUUUUCUUUGAGGAGUAUGGUGUGAUGUUCAGAUUGGCCACGCUCUUCGAGCGAACGGGCUGUUGUCAGGUGAGUCUUCUGGAUGGCAUCACCAUGGGCGGUGGCGUCGGCCUUUCCACCCAUGGCCCUUUUCGCAUCGUCACGGAGAAGACCCGCUUCGCGAUGCCGGAGAUGGCGAUUGGACUCUUUCCAGAUGUAGGCGCCACCCAUUUGCUGAGCCAUCUGAAGGCCGGCAGCAACGUGGGACGCUUCCUGGCGAUGACGGGGACAAAUCUCGCUGCCUGGGAUUGCCUUCGGGCUGGUGUUGGAACACACUUCGUGCCAUCCUCUUGCGUUCCAAAGCUCCGGAAGGCUUUACUCAGCAGGUUUAAGUCGAAGCUCAUUGGCCAGGAGGCCAUGAAGCUUUGCCAGGAAAUCAUCAAAGAGAUCGCUGCUGGUCGGCAAGCCUCAAGUGCUGACUGUGUGUUGGCGGACGACAACGUCGAGGUGAUCAACAGGUGCUUCAGUGCUCCCUCCGUGGAGGAGAUAAUCUCUCGUCUGAAGACGGAGACUGGCGAUUUUGCAUUGCUUACUUUGCAGAAGAUGUUCCAGUCUUGUUCACCAACCAGCUGCAAAGUGACACUGCGAGCCAUGCAACAAGCUGCUACGAUGAGCAUUGGUCCAGUGCUCCAGAAGCGUGGUGAAACAGCGGGUGAAACAGCGGGUCAUGAUAGCCACGGGCUUCAGAGCCAUCCUUGA